AUGGGACACAGACACAGCAAGUCCAAGACCUCCUCCUCCUCCUCUUCCUCCGACAACGUCGUCCACCAUGUCAAACCUUCCGGCGAACGCCGCGGAUCCUCCGGCUCCGGUUCCGGACCCGUCAAAUCCUCCUCAGGCUCCGGAACCGGCGGAUCCCGUUCUCAACAGAACGGUCGGAUCCUAGGCAAGCCGAUGGAGGAUGUCAAGGGAACCUACGACUUGGGACGCGAGCUUGGUCGUGGGCAGUUCGGAGUCACGCACCUCGUCACUCACAAAGAGACCAAGAAAGUCUUCGCUUGCAAGUCAAUCCCCACGCGCCGACUCGUCCAAAGUGACGACAUUGAAGAUGUUCGCCGUGAAGUCCAGAUUAUGCACCAUCUCAGCGGCCACAGGAAUAUUGUGGACUUGAAGGGAGCUUACGAGGACAGACACUCGGUGAAUCUGAUAAUGGAGCUGUGUGAAGGAGGGGAGCUUUUCGAUAGGAUCAUAGCUAAAGGUCAUUACACAGAGAGAGCCGCGGCGGAUCUGUGCAGGCAGAUGGUGAUGGUUGUGCACAGCUGCCACUCUAUGGGCGUAAUGCACCGAGACUUGAAGCCUGAAAACUUUCUCUUUCUGAGCAAAGAUGAGAGCUCCCCUUUGAAAGCUACAGACUUUGGUCUCUCCGUCUUCUUCAAACCAGGAGAUAAGUUUAAGGAUCUUGUUGGAAGUGCAUACUAUGUUGCCCCGGAAGUUUUAAAACGGAACUAUGGACCAGAGGCUGAUAUUUGGAGCGCUGGUGUGAUUCUGUACAUUCUUCUCAGUGGUGUCCCACCUUUUUGGGGAGAAAAUGAGACAGGGAUCUUCGAUGCCAUUCUAGAAGGAAAGCUUGAUUUUUCAGCUGAUCCAUGGCCUGAUGUAUCCAACGGUGCCAAAGAUCUUGUGAAGAAGAUGUUGACGUAUGACCCUAAAGACCGGCUUACAGCGAGUGAAGUGCUAAACCAUCCGUGGAUUAAAGAAGACGGAGAGGCAUCAGACAAACCGCUUGACAAUGCUGUGUUAUCCAGGAUGAAACAGUUCCGAGCGAUGAACAAACUCAAGAAAAUGGCACUCAAGGUCAUUGCAGAGAACUUAUCUGAAGAAGAAAUCAUUGGUCUGAAAGAGAUGUUCAAAGCUCUAGACACUGAUAAAAACGGAAUAGUCACCUUGGAGGAGCUGAGAACCGGUCUCCCCAAACUUGGCAAUAAGAUCUCUGAGGCUGAGAUAAAACAGUUAAUGGAAGCAGCUGAUAUGGAUGGAGAUGGAUCAAUAGAUUACUUGGAGUUUAUAUCAGCGACAAUGCAUAUGAACAGAAUCGAACGUGAGGAUCACUUAUACACAGCUUUCCAAUACUUCGACAAGGACAACAGCGGCUACAUAACAAUGGAAGAGCUAGAACAAGCCAUGAAGAAAUACAACAUGGGUGAUGACAAAUCCAUCAAAGAGAUCAUUGCUGAAGUAGACACCGAUCGUGACGGAAAAAUCAAUUACGAAGAAUUCGUGGCGAUGAUGAAGAAAGGACAUCCAGAGUUGGUGACAAACCGACGCAGAGUCAAUAUGUAAAACGACGUUGGAGGUGUAAUAACAACCACAACGAAUCUCUUUCUCCAUGUUGUCUGACGAGAGAUCUUUUGAUGUUUGGUUUGUUUGUUUUUGCUUUUUUCUUACUUGAACUAAGCUUUGUUAGUGUUUGGUUACAAUAAUCAUAUUAUUUUGUUUCCUGCAAUCUCUCUUUACCAACACUUGGAUUAUAAAAAAGCCAUUUGCAGGUUUGCAUCA